CCGGCCGCCGCCGCCGCCGCGGGAACGACCAGGCUGGCUGCACACGAGUCACGGCACGACACGGCACACCCCUGCGAUGCGACGCGAGCGUCUCGUUUUUCUUCUUCAAUUCCCUCUGUCUCAUAAGCGAGCGAGCGAGUAGCGCCCUGAUCCGACCCUCCUCGAUCGCGUGCACCCACCGCCGUCGGCCAUGAAGCCUCAGAAGAGCGGCACGUCGUCCUCGCGGAAGCUCUCCGUCGCCGUCGCCACGCCGAUCCUCGUCCUGCUGGCCCUCGCCGUCGUCUCGCUCUACGACUUCAGCUUCGCCGCCGAUAGUUACCAGUACAUACGCCGCGCCUCCUCUGCAUCGUCGACGUCGUCUGCCAACACCUCCUCGCCUUCGACGGCUCCGGCCACCUCCUCGCCGCCUCCGGCUCCUCCGACGACCAACUCCUCAUCUUCGGCGGCCACCGCGACAGAGGCCGCCUGCGACCUUACACGGGGCCAGUGGGUGCCCGACGACGCGCCGCCGUACUACACGAACCUGACGUGCCCCUUCAUCGACGACCUGCAGAACUGCAUGAAGUUCGGCAAGCCCAGCCUCGAGUUCAUGCGGUGGCGGUGGCAGCCCGACGGCUGCGACCUCCCGCGCUUCGACGCGGCGCGGUUCCUGGAGGCCAUGAGGGGCAGGUCCAUGGCCUUCGUCGGGGACUCCCUCGCCAGGAACCACGUCAAGUCUCUGCUCUGCAUCCUGUCCCAGGUGGCGCAGCCGGUGGAGGUCGUGACGGCGGCGGAGGUCGACGUCACUGGGAGGGCCGUCCGGCGGGACUUCCACUACGGCAGCCACGGGUUCAACGUCUCCCUCUUCUGGUCGCCGUUCCUGGUCAAGGCAAACCUCUCGAGCGCGGAGCUCGGCCUGGGCCUGUGGGACAUGCACCUCGACACGCCGGACGCCCGGUGGGCGGCGCACAUCGCCGGCUUCGACUACGUCGUGCUCUCGGCCACCAACUGGUUCUUCCGCCCCUCGGUGUACCGAGAGGGCGGCCGCGUCGUCGGGCGCAACGGCGGCGCCGCCGCCAGCGGCGCCCACGGCGCGACGCCAGAGGUGCCCGUCUCCGGCGCCGUGCGCGCCGCGUUCCGCACGGCGCUCGGCGCCAUCGCGGCCCGCGAGGGGUUCCGCGGCAAGGCCCUUGUCAGGACGGUCACGCCCGCGCACUUUGAGAACGGGGAGUGGAACACCGGCGGCGACUGCGUCCGCGCGCGCCCGUUCCGGCGCGGCGAGCGCGCCCGGGACGCCGUCGUGGCCGAGUUCCGCGCCGCGCAGGUUGACGCGCUCAGGGAAGCGGCGGCGGCGUCGCAGCGGAACGGCGCGGAGGCGGAGCUGCGGCUGCUGGACAUCACGGAGGCGAUGGAGCUGCGGCCGGACGGGCACCCGAGCCGGUACGGCCACCCGCCGGGCGGGAGCGUGGAGGGCAGCUUCGUGGUGGACUGCCUGCACUGGUGCUUGCCCGGGCCCAUCGACCUGUGGAGCGAGCUGCUGUUCCAGAUGCUGGUUGCUCGCCAAUAGCACCGGCCAUGCCGAGUGCUGACACCAACUCAUUGAGUGAUACAAAC